GGAAUUUACAACAGCAUGUUUUCAGCUGCCAUCAAAGAAAGGUCCACAUCAUCAGGUUGUCUUCCUAGCCAAAACACUCCUGACAGUCUGGGAGCUGCAGACCUGUUGAGUGGAGAGGAUCCGGCUGGCGCAGAGACUGGCCAGGUGUAUGGAUCACCGCAGGGCAGCGGAAGCAUGAACAGACAGCUGGAGAGGAGAGAACAGUUAAAGAGAUUGUCUCUUGACAGCAACAUACUGGAAUACAUGGACGCCAACAAAUGCAUUGAUGAACUUCUCAAGCAGCUCGAAGAGGAGCGCCGAAACGUCCGAAGGGAAAAGCUGGCUGUGGCUCGCCUGCAGAGGGAAGUCGCACGGAGCAAGAGCGAAGGAACAAUGCGAGAAAAGCUGAUCCACGAGCUAGAGGAAGAGCGACGCCUGCGACUGGAGAGCGAGAAGCGUCUCCGGGAAGUGACGGAGGAGUCCGAGCUGGGUCGGGCGCAGGUGGUUUCACUGCAGCAGCAAUUCUCCAGGAUGGAAGAGACAGUGCGGUCACUGCUGCAGAAUCAGGGUGUCCUGGAGCAGACUGCUGUGGACACGGUGGACAUCAUGAAGGUCUACAAGGAUAAACUCUCUGAGGAAGUGCAGAAACAGCACGACGGCCCAGUAGAGAAGGGCUCCCUGCCGGCGACUCAAGCAGAGCUGGACCCCAGGCUGCUGCCGAAUCCUGAAUAUGAUGCCAGCCAAGCAGAAGAGGAUAAAGACAAAACCAAGCUCCUGCUGGAGCGCCUCAAGGCCCUGGAGGAGGAGAACUCCGCCCUGGCCUUAGAGAAUGAGAGUCAAAGGGAGCAGUACGAGUGCUGUCUCGAUGAGGUUGCCAAUCAAGUCGUGCAGGCGCUUCUAACCCAGAAGGAUCUGAGGGAGGAGUGUCUGAAGCUGCGAACGAGGGUUUUCGAUCUCGAGCAGCAGAAUCGGGCGCUCGGUGUUUUGUUCCAGCAGAAGAUCAAGCCGGCCUCGGACCUGCUUCUCCAGAAACUCCACUCUCGGAUCAUGGAUCUGUCUGCAGCAGAUUUGCUCCUGGAGCCAGAGAGAAGCAAGGCUUUCCUACUUUCCAGGAAUACAGACUCCCCCUCUAAUGAGGUUCAGUUGAAUGGAAAGGCAGGUCUCCCUGUGGCCAAAUGUCUGAGCCAGCUGAGCCUGACAGUGCCAGCGCCCGUGUACCCACGCAGCAGCUGUAGCAGCAGUGAGCUGUCGCUGUCGAGCGCGUGCAGUGAAUUCUCCAGCGGCUCGUACACCUGGAAUGAUGGACGCUCCUGUGGGAAAAUGUCAUCUCUGACGUGGGAGAAGAGGCUGAGUUUGGGUUCGUCAGCCCCUAGUAAUAUCUGUGCUGCUCAGGAGGAGCACAUCCCCACAAGACGUAAGGAGAGCCACAUACUGGAAGGACUGAGAAAGCUCCAAAGGAGGAAACACAGGAGCUCCUCAUGUUCCUCCAAGGUCUCCAAGUCAGGCUACAAAGACUGCAUGAACUCCAAUGAGGGCAUCUACUCACUGGGCAUCAAGAGUAGCAGUAAAGGGGUGUCUAGGCCUACCCAUGUGGGGAGAACUGCUCGGGGAAAGCAGUUCGCUUAUGAUUCUGAUGAUGCAGAUGAUGAACUGGCACAUUCUAGUUGUAGAGAUAACAUCCCCACCAAGGACAACUGGUUUCAUUGUAAGAAGCUCUCACACAGCAUCUCAGACAGUUUAUGUAGCUGGGAGGGAACGCAAGACAGCGGAGGUGACACUAUCUCAAGUCCUGUGGCUACUAAACACCCUUCUGGGUAUGACUCAAAGGAGCAGCCUGAAAGACUCAUGAGUUUUAUUAACAGCCUUCUCCCUGAAGGAGGGCGGAUAUCAGCUUUUACGAGACCAUCAAAGCUGCACCUCACCCCUACUGAACCAGAAGUUCCCCGUCUCUCUGAUGCGGAUGAUCUGGAGGAGCUAAAGUCUGAGUCAAAUGACAUCCGAAUGUCCUUUAGCCAGCCACCAGAGCAAGCUGAGAGGGACUCGAAGAGGUUGUCAAGAGAUGCUGCCAAGCUGAUUACACAGCAGUGCUUGCGGAGAGACCAGGUUCGUACCCAGUCUGCAGAUGGAAGACCCAGGCCUUUCAGCCUGAUUAAGGAGCCCAAAGUGGCCAAAUGUACCCAGUCUGAGGAGAGCGUGUUGGCAAUAUUCGAUGCAGAAGGAGAGCCUAUUGAACUUUGUGCAGAGAAACUUGCAGCAGCUGCUGGGACUCGAAAAGACAUUCAGGGUAGCAAAGUAGUUCCUGACUACACAGAACUGGUGCCCCAAGAGAAGCCAACAAAGCAGAAACCCUCAAAAUCAAGAAACUACAGUGUUCUUGAGUCUCCACAGAAGCCAUCUGAAUAUCAGAUCAGGACCCACAAGCCAAGGGAGCAAAGCAGUAGCAGGGAGGGAAGUGCAGAGAGGCUAUCAAUGCAGCUGACUCCACAACGGAAACUUAUCAAACCACCAAGCAACCGAGCUAGUAAAGGCCAUUCCAUCCCUCCCAUGAAUGACGCUGCUGGUUCCAAGUCCAGUAGUUCAAAGAUACCUGGUAGUAAUAAACAUUCAGGAUCCCCACUGAGAUUAUCUAAGGGCUCUGCCACUGAACCAAGUAACAGCGGGAACUCAGGACCCCCUGGGCAGGAGAAAUCCCCCUCCUCUCCGACAGUUAAAAUGUCAAGAUUCAUCAAGACACCAGGAACCUGUAUUCAAAGCCCAAAAGCGGUGAACUCAAAGCUCCCCAGCAGGGCCGAAUGGGAUAAGGGCGCCUCAUCGAGUUCCCCUCACCUCUCAAGGAGACACCUGGAGUAUGCUGACAAUGGCGAACAGCCAACCAGAGACAAACACUGUGAAAACAGCAAAAAUAAACUCAGGUCCCCCUCUCCUCCCCCUCCCCCGGGCCGCACCACCUCUUUACUGAUCAGACCAAAUUACGAGGGGUCGCCUCAAGCACAUAAAACAGGGGUGACUCAACCAUCCACACCAACCACUGUGAGGGGCCCACCCCCAAGUUACCACACCUCACUUUUACCAAAUAUGCAAUCAACGCUACCCAUCAAGGAUAAAGACUGUUUAGACUUGGAUGCAGGCUACGGGACUGCACUUGCACCUCAGAAACUGGUUGACAAAACCAGUCAGCACCUUCAAAAGUCCCCUGCCAUGACUAAGACACCUGCUAAAGGCGCUUCCAAGCGGAUGACCACGAAAGACUACCUCCCUUCUGCAAACUCAGGGUGUGCUCGAGAACCUGAAACUGCACCUAAAACCUCAAAGAAUGUCCCUCCUCCCUACAGUGCCCUCAGAGGGUCCUCAUUUCAGAACUCACCUGCAAGCAAAAAAGGAUCUGCUAAUGAAAAUGUCCAUCAGUCAGUGCAGAAGACCUCUAUUAGUUUACCUGUUUCACUUCAGGACACACCUCAAGGUCAGGCAGAGCCACAAACUGGCAAAGCUUUAGACGGCUCUAUUAUUAUGUCCCCUAACCUAGCAGAAAAAGCCUCAAAGACUCGCAUCCCAAUGGGCUUUAAGGCAUUUUUAAAGUCUCCUCCUAGCCAUAAAAAUAGUCCCUCUAUACCAGGCAAACAAGAGAAAGAUCAUAUCAACUCAGUCUCCAAGGAGACUGUGACUUCAAAUGCUUCUGCCCAGUGUGACAACUUGCAGACAGAGUACAAUAUUGAUUCGCCAUCCAAGAUGUCUGUUACAGAGGGGAAAGGUGAAGUCCAGUGUAGGUUACUGGAAGAAGAAUUACAAGCUCCUGUGCUGCCAGAGGAAGGGGGUGUUUGCGAUAAUGGGAAAAGGAGUAGUCAGCUUUUUGGCAGAUCCAUAUCUAUUGCUGUCAAACCUCAUUUAAAGCCAGCGUUAGGGAUGAACGGGGCAAAAGCUCGUAGCCAGAGUUUCAGCACCAACUACAUUGAAAAACCAAGCAUCAAUUCCUUAGAUGGGCCGGGAAAAAUCAGAACUCAGAUCAUUACCAACUCAGGUGAAAGGGGGAACUCUCUGUCGAGACAGAGUUCCUUAGAGGCGGCCUGUGCUGGGUUAGCAGAGAGCCCUGUUCAUUCCCCAAGGACAAGACUUAGCCACUAUGGAGGCAUGACAGGGUCAAAUAGUCACGGCAUCCUCCCUGAGAGAGCUUUCAAAUCGGGUUCUAAAGUUGAGGGGUCACAGGGCACAGGGAAGGGGGAGGCAGUCAUGUCACCUUCUCACAAAGUGGUUCGUAGUUUACCCAUCAGUGAUAGGACUGGUUUAAACAUCCGUAAGCCAUCGAAGGUUGCCUCUCAUCCACAGUUUCAUCCUCCGUCCUCUUGUGUCUACAGCUUGGAAAAUCCAGUUAGAGAGACAGAAGACAAAGCAGCAUUCCCUAAUGAGCCAGACUUCAGCAGGGAAGGCAAAACCCAGGCGGACUCCCCAAACAAACACCCAGAUAUGGAGGAGAAAAAAAUCAGCCCAACAGUCACCACUAUUGAAGAGAAAGUCAUGAUGGGAAUUGAGGAGAAUGUGCAGAAAUGUCAAGAACAGGAGAAGGUCGCUGCCACCGAGGCCAAACAGAAGACGGGUCCCUCUCUGGCAAACUGGUUCGGCCUCCGUAAGAGCAAACUUCCAGCUCUGAGUAGUAAAAAAGCCGACUCUCCCAAGGGAAAAGAGGAGAAGAAAGAGCUGAAGAUCGGAUCAGUUCUUGGAGGCAAACAGAUGAAGUCUGACAAGAAGAAGGAUAAGAAGAAAAAUGAUAAUCAGCAGAAAGAAAGCCAGGAGGUGCAGGGUCUGUCUGAGAUGAACAACAAGCUUAGCUCCAUUAUGGACCACUGCAACAAUCAGAUGGGUCAGAUUGCCAGUCAGAUCCAGUGCACGACGGCCUUUAUUGGAAAAGACCAGUUCGUGAAAGAGCUUCUUGGCAGGACCGCUGUGAAGGGCAACUCCGUGGCCACAUCGCCGCCUGGGAUCUCCACGCCCAAGAAACACAGCGAAACGAAGGGAGAUAUGGAGAUCUGUUCAGAUACUGCUACCCUCAUAAUGACAGAGAAGAUCAACCUAAAGGCUGAAAAUGUAGAGGGACACAUCCCAGACGCAGCUUGUCAAGACCACAUGUUAGGCUUCGGCUGUCAGAUGAGAACCCUGGACAGUGGCAUCGGCACCUUCCCUCUCCCCGAUUCUGUCACCCGGGCCAGCGGUCGCCAUAUCCCUAAAUCUGAAUCCAGCCCCGAGGGGGUGACCUCCUCUGAGCUCGAUCGGGAGCCUCCCUCUUCUCACCCUGACCCCUCACAACCUGAUGUGAAAGUGCCUUCCCUUUCAAAACCCCACCCGCAUGUCUCUAUGAGCAUGGGUCACUCCCUGUCUGACCCCACUGUGACCUGCAGCAACGACAACGCCCGGGACACCCAGAGCCGCCUGCCCAAAUUAGCAUCCUCAGAUGCAAUCCAGACAAAGAGGUUGAGUUUUUGUGCCCCACGCAGCAACAUCUCAGGUUCCACGGAGGACAAAGAGACAGAAGCAGAGAGGAAGAUGAAAUCCAAGGACCAUGAUAUGCCGGGCGAAAGAGCCUUGCGAGUGUGCACGUACUCAGGCAGCAGCAGCGACACUGAGACUGAACCCGAGGGGACGGGAAGCACUUUGGGCUCGCCGCAAAAGACCCUGAUCAACAGAGCUAAGAGGAAUGACUCAGUCGAGCAGAAUGAGGACACCCUGAAGAGAAGAAGUGUGGAAAAAUCCUUGUCAAUCAUGGACUACUACCAACACGACAUGUUCUCGCACCUGGAGAAGGACAGCAGGAAGAUUUCGCAGUACAACCUGCUGCACAAGGAGUCGGCCCUUGAUGGAAAAGCAGGAGACAGGCUCAGUAAGGAGAUUCCCAUGGAGAAGAUGCCCGUCAGCGCAAGCCAGCCGCUCUCUCUCGACUUCUCUUUGGAGUCCUUAAACAAGCUGAAUCAGAGCAGCUCCAGCAGCCUGUACCCGGACACGGGCUCGGGCGGCCGCAGAGCUGACUGCCACGCCGACGGGGGGAAGAGCGGGGAGAGCUGUUUCAAAGGAGAAGAGGCCUCGUCCUCCUCCAGUUUCACGAGCAGGCCCGGGGUGGAUCCCGUGGGCUCCCUUAGCGACUCGCUGUACGACAGCUUCUCUUCCUGCACCAGCCAGGGAUCCAACGAAGUCUGAAAAAGCAGGGCUGCAGAGAUGGAGUCCAGUUUUCAAGACAUUUCUCUUCCAUCUUUGGACUCCUCAAGUCUUUCUUUGGGUUUCAAAUUCUGUCCUUCUUAUUGGAAAUCAUGCCUUGAUUGGCUGGAGGUUGAACGACACAGUGGACCUAUGGAGUGGAUUUUUGGGUAGAUUACAUCUGUUUUUCUAGGGGAUUACCCCUAACAGGGUUGGGCGAUACAUUAACAUUUUCUGCAACAUCUCCACAACUAAUUAUUUUGGCAAACUGAGGUACACCUUAGCAUCUUAAAGCAGCCAUUCCCAAAUUAAAAAUAUAUAUUAAUUAAAAGACUAUCAAUUUGAAGUGGCAUCGUUUUGGAAAACCAACAUUUUAAAAAGUUUGUAUUUAUUUAUUGUAAACGCCCAAACUUUGGGAACCACAGAUGGGAUAACAACAACUCUAUUAAACAAUUAGGGUAGAAAACCAGGAACAUUUGGCAUGUCAGUGAAAAACUAAAAACACCUCCUUUGAUAUCUUUGUACAGCUUUCCAGAGCUAUUGCACUUUAGAGUUAAUUAUUUACAGCGACAUUAUAAAAGGUGGACGUAGCUUCCGAGUAUAACACAAUAAAUAAAGAAAUAAAGCCAACGCAGAAGUGCCUUAAACCUGCAUUAUUUUUUAAUAACCACCAGGGAAUGCAGACCUGUAGUUCCAGAAAGACUUGUUGUCCUGUAGAAGUCUAUGGGAAAAUAACCCAGAGACAACAAAAGUAAACACUUUUGUGAUGAGUUUAUUAGCUCUCUUGCUUAAUUUGGGUCAUACUCAGUAAAUAUUUAAGUCCAUUCUGUACAUUCUUUGAAGUUUAACGAUUAUCCGGGGAGUGCCAUGUCCAUCGCUCGUCAACUGCAGUUUAAAAACAUCGGAAGUUUGAACUUCUGAAACCAAUGGCUGAUGUUACCAUAGCCACGUCCAUCUUUUAUACCGUCUACAGUUGCAACGCAGAAAAUUAGCAAACUAAAACGCCCAAAAUCUCCCGCAAUAAUACAACCACCAAUCAUCUGAGCCGGUCACUAGCCUAUCGCCCAGCCCUAAACACUAGUUUGUGUUUAUUUUCUUCUUUUUUCUCAGCCUUGCAAAAAUGUCUUGGUUUUGGUUUGGAUCUGCUCUUGAUUUCCUCUCAACCUUCAGCUAAUCUUGAAAAGACUUGUCUUAGUUACAGCCCUGCCAUGAAAGGACGCGUGCCAGUCCUCUCUGCCUACAACAACAAGCACUUAGAAGAGCUACAGACGAGAGGAUGAAUCCUCAACCUAAAAAAGAAAAGAAGAAAAAACAGGACUUUUAAAGGUUUGGCUUGGGUGUGGUGGACUGGACAGCAAUACACGUUUGUAUCAUUAGUGACCACCCCUCCUCCUCUUCCUCCCACCAUGCUGGGGUACUUCUUAUCAUUGCACUGUAACAAAUACUGUACAAAGAUGUGUAAAAUAAAAGAAAACACGACAAGCAGAAUGGGCAAUAUUUGCAUAAAACUCCAUUUUUGAAACUCUUUUAAAACCCAAGGUGUCAUUUAAUGGAUUGCUGCUAUGUACAACGCCCAUUGAAAAGUUACCCCCCCCCCCCCCCCCCCCAAAAAAAACCCACCUGAUUCAUCUUUGUCUACUCUCUUGAAGCAAUAUUUUUCAAAGAAAUAAUUAAAAUUUUCUUUAUUUUUUAGUCAUUUUUUAUCAUUUUAAUCUUGUUGUGUUUUUCCUUAAGCAGUUAAACACCCAGUGGUGGCAAACUAUCUCCGCAGCUUCUCUAACGAGGACGUUUCCACAUGGUACAUGAAUUAAUGAGACCAGGUACAGAUAAAACAAGCAAAUAUAAGGUGUCGUCGCCCGUAGCUCAGGGAACAUACUGGACUAAAGUCGAUUGUAAAAAUGAAAACGCAGCCAUCGGGAAAGCGUAGACAAAUGGCUCUCCAAGCAUCCAAACGUAGUCUCAUGUAGCAUAACACACCCAAACUCUCCAAAACCUCAGCUUUCCUCUCGUGGCUGUAUAUUAUGUUGUAUAUAUUAAGAAAAUAUAAGUUAAUAUCAGAACGGGCAUUGCUGAUCGAUAUAUAUGCAAGUAAGAACAAAAAGAAAGUAAAAAGAUGUAAAUUGUUUGCCAAUCGUUCAACCUGUUUUAUGUCUGCUGUUUGGCGUCUUGUGUUUUCUUUCGGGGGUUCUUCUUCUUCUUCUUCUUCUUGUUUUUUAAAAAAAGUAAAAAUAUUAUUUUGAUCAAUAAGAGCUAACGCUAAAAUGUUUUUUUAUCACUUUAUUUUAAAAGACAUAUUUGAACUUUAGGUGGACUUAUGCCAAAUUUCUCUCUGGAAUUUGACCAGCUGGUGCUAAUCAACAGAGCCGACUGUGUGUUUUCGAUUUUUCUAUGAAACUGUUAAUAUUGUAUGAAGAGAGUCUGAAGAGGACUUGUGUAUUUUUCUAGGUGUCCAGUAUUUAUACCCACAUUUUGUACUGUCAGACUGUAGUGUGAUUGUCAUACUUCACCUCUUUCCUUAAACCUUCCUUUGUAAAGAGAAAGUUACCAGCAGUGUUACUUUGGUAAUUAAUAUUAUUGUUAUUAUUAUUAUUACUGUGUGCAAUUUGUCUGUUACACUAGACUUUAAUGCUAUAUUUUAUGUAACUAUUUCCUAAAUAAAUACGAGAAACUAUUUCCUAUUUCAAGCUGA